UAAUCUUCCUCGUGACGAGUUGCAUACGGCAAGGUUGCGGUCUGUUGUUUCGUGAUUGAACAUAAAAAUUAAUUAAAUGCAUAACUUAGCAGUGAAAUGUGCGUGAAACAACAAUAAUAAUUGACGCCCGUGGGCAACAAGAGUGUGGGGCAGUGCGUGUUGAGUCCACCGGAAGAUGAAGCAACAACGCGCGUUGCCAACGGCCGUGGAAAUUUCGAUUUUUGCAUGAAUCGCGUUUGUCUCCUAAAAAAAAGGAGAGAAAUAGAAGAAGGGAGAAGAGCAGAGAAACAACAAAGAGGCUGCCAAAAUAAAAUGCAGGGCCUAUAAACUUAUGCUUUUUAUAAUUACAACAAGGCAAAAGCGAUUAUAAAUAAAUGCUGUUUAGUUUGUGUCAUCGGUGAAUUUGUUGUUUGUCAUUUCUUGCGCUUUGUUGCUGUUGUUUGUUUGUGUUUUUGGCUCCACACGCACACACACACGCGUACGCGCGUCACACAACUGAAAGUGUGAGUGUAUUGGUGCAGUGACGUAAACAAAUGCAAAUCCAAAAGUAUUUAUGUGCAAAUAUUUAACAAAAAAUGCAAACAACAACUAUAAUAAGAAGAAGCAGAAGCAGCAGAGCAACAAUAACAAUAAAAGAGCCGCAUGCCGAUGUCGUUUCACGUGCCAAAUACAUUCAACUAGCAACAACAACAAUAACAGAACGAUAACUUUUUGCUUCUGUGUUUUGUGCUGCUCAUUCGCUGCAAGGCCAGCUGAGCGCAACACGUUUGUGUUUUUGUUUCCUCUCUCUGCUGUUACUGCUGUUACUGCAUGUGUUGCGUAGGCGGGAAAGGGACGCCAGAAUGCAGUUGCAUGCAUGUGUGAAUGUAUGUGCGAGUUCUACAUGUGCGUGUAAAUAAAUGCACUGAUUGAUACAUAGAUGCGACAGCAAUAUUUAUUUUUCAUACAACUAUUCUACAGUGUGCUAUUAUAAGACAACGAUUCAACUCGGUCAAUGCCUGAUAAUUGUGUGGCAAUUGAAAGUGGGUCUGUCAUAUGACUGAUAAUGGCAUUCAACGCUGGCUGCUACAACAACAGCAACAACAAAAACAAGAGCAACAACAACUACUUAAAGAGCAGCCACAAUGGCCAAACAAAAUGAAUAUUUAAAAAUUUGGAAACAUAUCAAAUGGCGAAUUGAAAAGUGAAAUUCAAAUGCAAAAUUUCAACUCAAAGUGAAAUUAAAAUUUAAAUAAGACUUUUAAAAAUAUUAAAAACUAAACAAAAAGUGCCAUAAGAAAUAUAUAAAAAAGAAACACGCGGGUUUUUUUUUUUUUUAAACAAUUCAAACAUAUCCCCAAAAGCAAACGCUGCCAAUUAGAGAGAGAGAGAGAGAGAAGAGAGAGAGAGUAAACGAUACAUAUAUAAAUAUAGACUAAAUAAAUAGAGAUAACUUGUAGUAACCCAACGACAACAACAUGACAAUAUCAACAGCGGCAACAACAACAACAACAGCAGCAGCAGCAACAGCAGCAACAACAACAAUAGCUACAAAAACAUAUAAAAUUGCAAAUCGUUUGUUGAAAUAUGAAAAACUCAUUAAACAGCCGCAAAUGCAGUCGGAAUUGGGCAGAACGAGCGUGACCGGAACACAAACGGAUGAGGAUGUGGAUGCAACGUCUGCGGAUGUGGCUGCAACAACAGCAACAACAACAUAUUCCAACCAUUUCAAUACGCAUUUCGACAAUGGCAAUGCCUAUACUCCUAUUCCGACCCCUGCCACGCCCUCUAGCGAUUUCCUGCAUCACAUCACAGAUCGCACAAUGCUGUUGCCAACGUUGGAGCAAUCAUCUAACGGUUUUCUGGCCAACAGCAGCAACAGCAGCGGCAUUGUCACGUACAAGGCCAAAACCAAUGGCAGCAGCAACUACAAUUUUAACUCUACCUCAUCAACGAGUAUUGGCUGCCACGACAGUGGUGGCAAAGGUGGAGGAGGAGCAGGAGGAGGAGCAGGAGCAGCAGCCGGAGGAACAACCAUUUCAAGUUGUUGUAACUUAAUUGCACGUCGCUGUUUUGGCAUCAAUGUGCGACGCUGCGUUUACGUUCUGUUUGCCAUUACCGUGGUUAGCAUUUUCUACUACACGCAUUACGUGGGCACCGACGUGGUCUAUGGUGUCUUUCAGCGUGAUACGCAUCCGGCGCCGAUCAUCAACUGCCGGAUGAUGAACUCCGCCGGGAAGCACAUACGUGAUGCCUCGCCAGCGCCCGAUCAUCGUUCGGAGGCACGACUGCGUAUUGAUCCCAAGGUGCUCGUGUUUGUGGAGACAACGUAUUCGGGACUGGGACGAGAUAUUGCCGAGCUGUUGGUGUACAAUCGCAUCAAAUACAAACUGGAGGUGGCUGGCAAAAGUCUUCCAGUGCUGACGAAUCUGGACAAGGGUCGCUAUGGCGUCAUUGUGUUUGAGAAUCUGGACAAGUAUCUCAACAUGGACAAGUGGAAUCGCGAGCUGCUCGACAAAUACUGUCGCGAGUAUGCGGUGGGCAUUGUGGGCUUUGUCAGUCCCAGCGAGGAGACACUUGUCGGAGCCCAGCUGCGAGAUUUUCCGCUCUUUGUGCACACAAAUCUGCGAUUGCGCGAUGCGAGUCUCAAUCCGCAAUCCUCGGUGCUGAGAUUGACGCGAGCGGGAGAAACGGCGUGGGGAGCAUUGCCUGGCGAUGAUUGGGCGGUGUUUCAGCACAAUCACAGCACCUACGAGGCGGUGGAGUGGGCACAACGCAACACCCAAGAGUAUCCGGCGGAUAGUGUGGGGCAAGUGCAGCUGCCACUUACCACCGUGCUGCAAGAUCGCGGCCAACUGGAUGGCAUACAACGUGUGCUCUUUGGCAGCAGUCUGCGCUUCUGGCUGCAUCGUUUGGUCUUUCUGGACGCACUCAGCUAUUUGAGCCAUGGCCAGUUGAGUCUCAGUCUGGAGCGCAUGAUUCUGGUGGACAUUGAUGACAUUUUUGUGGGUGAAAAGGGCACAAGAUUGCGACCAGAUGAUGUUCGAGCUCUGAUUGCCACACAAAAGAUUAUUGGUGGUUUGGUGCCGGGUUUUCGCUUUAAUUUGGGCUUUUCCGGCAAGUAUUAUCAUCAUGGCACCCGAGAGGAAAAUCUAGGCGAUGAUUUUCUGCUGCAAAAUGUGCAGGAAUUUAAUUGGUUCUCACACAUGUGGAAGCAUCAACAGCCGCAUUUGUAUGACAAUCUCACCUUGCUCAUGGCCGAGAUGCAAUUGAAUUUUGGCUUCGCCAAGGAGCAUAAUAUACCCACGACAUCGGGAUAUUCGAUAUCGCCACAUCACUCGGGUGUUUAUCCGGCCCAUGAGUUGCUCUAUCACGCCUGGAAGCGUGUGUGGAAUGUCAAGGUCACCUCCACCGAGGAGUAUCCACAUUUGCGUCCAGCUCGACUGCGUCGUGGUUUUAUCCAUCGAAAUAUUAUGGUAUUGCCGAGACAGACUUGUGGUCUAUUCACACACACCAUGUAUAUUGAUCGUUAUCCGGGUGGCAGGGAUAAACUGGAUGAGUCCAUACAGGGUGGCGAAUUAUUUCAGACAAUUGUGUAUAAUCCUAUAAAUAUAUUUAUGACUCAUAUGUCCAACUAUGGCUCCGAUCGCCUGGCUCUCUACACAUUCCAAUCGGUCAUUAAAUUCCUGCAGUGUUGGACAAAUCUGAAAUUGGCUUCAGCUCCGCCCAUACAGCUGGCCGAGAUGUAUUUCCGCUUGCAUCCGGAGGAGGUGGAUCCGGUUUGGGGUAAUCCCUGCGAUGAUGCGCGUCACAAGAAGAUCUGGUCCAAGACCAAGAAUUGUGAUUCGUUGCCCAAGUUUCUGGUGAUUGGACCACAGAAGACGGGCACAACAGCUUUGUACACAUUCCUCUCCAUGCACGGCAGCAUUGCCAGCAAUAUAGCGAGUCCAGAUACUUUUGAGGAGGUGCAGUUCUUCAAUGGCAACAACUACUACAGAGGCCUCGACUGGUAUAUGGAUUUCUUUCCAUCGGAUGCGUUGCCCAACACUAGCUCCACUUCCCCCAUGCCCACCACGGUGGGCACUCCGCGUUUCAUGUUCGAGAAGAGCGCCACGUACUUUGAUGGCGAGGCAGUUCCCAAGCGAGCUCAUGCCUUGUUGCCCCACGCCAAGAUCGUGACCAUUCUCAUCUCGCCAGCGAAGCGAGCUUACUCCUGGUAUCAGCAUCAACGUGCCCAUGGUGAUGUCAUUGCCAACAACUACAGUUUCUAUCAGGUGAUAACUGCAAGCGAUUCGGCGCCGAGAGCUCUCAAGGAUCUGCGUAAUCGUUGCCUCAAUCCUGGCAAAUACGCCCAGCAUCUGGAGCAUUGGCUGGCCUAUUAUCCGGCCCAACAAGUGCACAUUAUUGACGGGGAGCAGCUGCGUCUCAAUCCCAUCGAUGUGAUGAAUGAACUGCAGCGCUUCAUCAAAAUCCAACCGCAACUCGACUAUUCCAAUCACCUGCGCUACGAUGUGAAGAAGGGAUUCUAUUGCCAGGCUGUCAGCGAGAAGCGCAAUAAAUGCCUCGGCAAGUCCAAGGGUCGUCAAUAUCCGGCGAUGGAUGAGCGCAGUGCCAAGCUGUUGCAGCGCUACUAUUUGAAUCACAAUACGGCGCUGGUGAAGCUGCUGAAAAAGCUCGGAUCUCGUCCGAUACCGCAAUGGCUGAAGGACGAUUUGUCGACGGGAACGUGAUAGCAGCUGUUCCUUAAUGCUGCAGCGGGAGAGGGCGGCGAAGGUGGAAGAGGAAGAGGAGACGCUGGAGGCGUGGUCAGCCUAGGAAUUGGUUACGGAAUUGGAUACGGCGAUGGCAGCGUCAACAAAUAUCGCAAAAUGCGUGCAAAACUCAGGAAACAAUUGCAUUGGCUGCAGCUGGCGGCAGCAGAGGCGGCGGCAGAGGCAGCGACAGCGACAGCGGCAGAGGCGUCUACAGCGACAGCUACAGCGCCUAAAGCUGGCAGCGACAGCAGCAGCAGCGGCCACAGGCAGCGACGUCAGCAGCGCUGUGACAACAACUAAGCAGUAUAGCAAGCAGUUGAGCAAGCAGCAGAACAAAAGCAAGGCCAAAAGCAAAUAAGCAUACGCAAAUACAAACACAAACACAAAUACAAAAAAAAAGAAAAAUAAUAGAAAACAUAAUAAGCAGAUUUGUAUGUUUGUUGUUAUUGUUUUUGUUGUUGCAGCCAUUUAAUGAUGUCGCUGCAAUUGUCAGUUAAAUUGUUGUAAAAUACGCAGAGCAAAAAAUAGGAAAAAAAAAACAAAAACACAGUUAACUAGCGUGCAUGUGUGUAUGAGUGUGUGUGUGUGUGUUGUAUAAUGUAAAUAAUGGCUUAUAUGAUAAUGUAUGCGUGUGUGUGUGACAUAAUAAUUCAUAGAGAAAUUGCAUGAAUAAAUUGCAUAAAUAAAUGCAUUUAUUCGCUUUGUUAGUUGUUUAAAUGUUUAAAACAACAAAUUAAAAUGCCAGCAAAAAUAAUAAAUAUAUAAAUCAGAGCCAAUUUAUGUGUACAGACAGUUAUAGAUAUUAUACGCCCAAUUAACUCGACUUGAUUCAUUUCCUUAAUUACCUCAAACAUAUAAAACUGAACAACUUUUUAAUUUUCAACAUUUUAAACAGCAACACAAUUUUUUUUGUAUACUAUACUAUAUUUUAAACAGAAAUUUUACAUGCCAAAACUGUAAAAAAAUAUCACUGCAGUUACGAGUGCUAUAAAUAUGUUAAAUAAAGCUUAAAUUGUAUAAUUGUAAUUGUAUCAAAUAAGGCUGCUACUUGUAUUAGGUGUAUUAUAAAUGUUUUUAGUGUUAACGAUGCAAAAGAAAAACAAAACAAUGCUUAACAAAAAACGAAACAAAAGAAUACAAAAAACCUCUAGUUGUAUGUUUAACGCACUAAGCAAAGCUCUAUAUAGUAUAUUAUAUAAAUAACUAGUUGAAGUUUAGAUUCGUAAUGCGACAAUAAUAAAUGCGAAAAUUUAAACGA